CCCGAGCGGUACUGUCCUCUACUCUGUGGAGCAGGUGAAGAUGUACCUCUUAACCGAAGGAGCUUGCAAGUGUGGCCUGGAGUGCCCUCUGAUACUGCACAAGGUGUUUAGCUUCAAUCCGGCAGCAGCAGUUAAACACAGGACCACCGAAGAUGUCAAAGCGGACGAGGAUGUCACGAAACUCUGCAACCACAAAAGGAAAAUCAUUGCCAUGGCAACACUUCACAAAAGCAUGGAGUCGGCUCAUCCGAUGGCAUUUACGCCCAGCAGCCCCACAGCUGAGUUCGCUCCGACACCUCCCACCGUCUCUGCCAGCGGAGAGCCCGCCAUCGCCAGGACGACGUCGGCGCUGACCACGGGCGCUGCGGUGACCUGCGCGGCCAGCGAGCCGCUGACCCUGCCGGUGGCCUUCCCCUUUGUCCGGCCGGACCUGCGCCCCUGCCCGCUGGAGCCGGAUUGUCAAGCCGCCGACCACCACCACCACCACCACGACAGCAGCCACCCCGUGCUGGACCUCUGCGGCCUGCUCGGCCCGCCUCCGCCGGGACCCGGCGACCUCGACGGACAGACACUACAGGCCCUGCACCUCCUGGCGUCCGCCCUGCUCCAGGACCACUGCCCGGCGGCCCUCCUCCCGCUGGCCCCCGUCGGCCUCCCCCUCCCGGACCUGCCUGCGCCGCCGGCGCAACAGCAGCAGCCAGAGCCGCAACCGCAACGGCAGCACCCCGGUCCCCUCCUCCUCUCCUCCUCGUCCUCCUCCUCCUCCUCCUCUUCCUCCUCGUCCUCGUCGUCGUCGUCGUCCACCCUCCUGCGGCUCCCCGACCUCCAGGAUCAGCCGAUGGCCGUGGGCGACCGGACCCCGGGCGGACUGCUGGACGAUCCCCACGCCGGUGUCGGCGGCGGCAGCGCCACCGGCCUUUCUCUGGGAAGCCUCCCUGGCGGCGCUGGUGGCGAGGGGACCCUGCAGCCCCUCCUGUUCCCCGGCGCCCCGGCCUGGCUGGGACUGACCCCCCAGCUGCUGGCCACGGUCCUCGCUUCGGCCGACGGCGUCACUGGUCAGCCUCAGAUCUGCAUCCCGCCUAUCCCCUUGGUGUGUGCCGCCACGACCUGCACCACUAACUCUCCGAGCCUGGAGGGAACCGCGGGUCUCUCGCUGGGCGAAUCCUUGCUGCAGCUCACAGGAGCCGGGAAAAUCCACGCCGUAAUGCCUCAGCUCCUGAACCCUCUGCUUGGAACCGGUUUACUGGGUGACAUGCUGGCGCUGAACAGCAGCUUGAACCAGCCGCAGCUGCCGGGGUUGCAGGCGAUGCUGGGCACCAACCCGUGGCUGCUACAGCAGCAGCCCCUGCCCCUGCCGCCGCCGCCACCUCCUCCUCCCCUGAUCCAAGACCCCCAGGGACCCCUGGGCGGCCAGAUGCAUCCGUGCCAGACCCCCCUCGCUGGCCAAGCGAAUAAUCACACUAACCCCCUGGCCUGCCUCUUCCAGAACGUGCAG